CUUUCGCCCAGCUGUGAACGAAGAAGGAGCAGGGAGAAAAUGACGGACGCAAUGGUGGCCUGCAAUAACUGCGGCUUAUCGUACACAUUACCCGAGGAUGAAGUGGUGGGAAAUGUUCCUCAUGUCCUGCAUUGUGGUCAUAUCUUCUGCACAGUGUGCCUUCGCACGCUGGAGUCUCCACGUGGCUUCAUCGCCUGCCCUGAGUGCAAGAUGGGUACCAACGUUGGUGAGGAAGGGGUGGAUGGCCUGCAGGUGGACAGCAGAAUAAUAGGACUUAUCUAUACUGCCAAGAUGAACACCAAGAAGAGAGAGCGUGAAGGAGAUAAGCACAGAGCUCGCAGAUUUAGGAGUCCUUCAGCAUCUCCACCUGACCAGGAGCAGCAGAGCACCGAAGUGAGUCCGGAUGUGUUGGAGGUUCUAGAUGAAGCUCUGUGUAAAGCAACGGAAAACCUUAAUACACUAGAUAGCCUGUACCAGACUCUUGUUACAGGCAUACAGGCUCAGAUGAUAAAAGAGAAGACUCGGAUCACAAAGGAAAUUGAGGAUUGCGUAGAAAAAGCAAUUGGCAUACUGUAUAGAAGGCGUGGUGUGCUGAUGUCCGAAAUUGGCUCCGUGGAGCAGCUCUUCUCGGCCGGGUGGGAUGAGUGUCAGAGAGUGGAGGACAGACGGAAGGAGCUGUUUACAGCCAUCCAGAAAGCAAGACAUGUUCGUCAAGUUCCUUCACUCGGAACUUACUGCCAUCUGGACAAGAUUCUGAAGACUCUGCAGACUCCAGUAGAUGCUGAAUCGUAUGAUAUGAGCUGCCUGACUGUGUGUUCAGAGCUAAAGUGCAUUCUCCAAAUGGACUGUCUGACUGAAAGUGUGAAAAACUUUCUCUAUGUCAUGGAUGGCAACGUUAAGCUUGUGUCUAAGGAGUCGCCAGGGCCUCCGCCAGCAGAGCGGCUAUGCAGACGGCCAGUGAGAGGUGGAGGGGAGAGAUCUGGGGAGCGGAGAGGAGGCCGGUCCAGCCUUCGAGCACCCGGCUCCCACCGAACAGCUCGGGCCUCGUCGGGCUUGCUGAAGCUGCCUGGUGCAGGAUCCGCCCCAAAACAGAACAGCGCCUUUAGCCCAAAUAUUAUUAUAGAGGAAAUCAUUGAGGAGACGGACAGUGGUGCAGAGAGAGACGGAAUGGCUCUGGAGCCCAAGCACAUAGAAAUACAGAAUGUGCAGCGAAGGAACCGCAAGACAGGACAGGACAGGAUGCCUGUUCCACAACCAAAAGCGCUGCAGGAGUGGGUUGUGCUGACCCACAUAAUCAACCCAACACACUUCUAUGUGCGACAUGUGUCGGAGCGCAAAGCUGGAACUGCGCUGGCCAGAAAGAUCAACAAACUGUGCUCUGGAGAGGAAAGCUGCUUCACUGCUGAAGACGAAAUCAACACAGGUGUGCUGGUGUUAGUGAGGUGGAAAGAUGAUGUCUGGUGCAGGGCAGUGGUGUGUGAGCUGUUCCAGAAUGGCUGUUUGGAGAGUGUGACUCAGUGCCCUGCUGCCGAGGUUGCUCGUCUGCGAGUUUUCUUCCAGGAUUAUGGUUUCUCUAAAGGAUUUAGCUUCUCAGGUGAAGGCAGUCUGAGUGGGCUGAAUGAGUGUUUGCGGAAGGCUGAUGUUGCUGCUAAGGCAGAGCUGCAUCGCUGGGCUCCUCAGGCCAUCAAAUGUUCCCUCAAAGAUAUCAUCCCCUCAGACUUGGUGAACGGCUGGAGCAGGGAAGCAUGUGACGAGAUGAGGCGUGUGAUUGGCUCGAGUGCUGUGGAGAUGCAGGUGUUUGGUGAGGACAGAGACACUCUGCUGGUGGAUCUGAAGAAACCGUCCGUAGACGACACUCUGCUUUCUCUAAGAGAACAUCUUGUGUUCAUGGAGCUUGCCAGGUUCUAUUCCCCUCUGGCAGCCCCCGGAGGCGGUAAACCACUGCUGUUUUAUCCGCCUGUGUAUCCCAAACUGAACACAGAACUGCCUGCUGUGGUUUCCCAUGUCAACACACCAUCAGACUUUUACAUACAGCUAGUGGACAAUAUGGAGUUCCUGCUUCUGAACUCAAAACUGCAAGACUGUUACGGGUCUCCUGGGAGCGAUAGCGAGCUGCAGAUUUACUGUCCUGUUCAGGGCCAGGCCUGUGUCGCCAUCUAUGAUGAAAAAGACUGGUGCAGGGCUCAAGUCACUGGUUUUCCUGGUGGACGAAUGGUGGAGGUCCGAUAUGUAGAUUUUGGCAACAGAAAAACUCUGUCUGUGAAUGACCUCAGGCAGAUAAAGGAUGAGUUCUUUGCCUUGCCAGCCAUGGCGGUGUGGUGUUCUCUGGCAGAUGUGUUGAGUGUGGGGGACAGCUGGAGUGACGAAAGCAUUCAAGUGUUCCGCAAACUGACGGAACAGAAGUUGGUCAUUGUGGUGGUAACAAAGCUUGUGCCUCAAUCCGCAGCUUUACCUGUUCGCCUGUUUGAGGUCAGCGAGAGUUUUACUGAGCUUCAGGCCAGCAUUGGGGAGACCCUGGUCAGACAAGGACUGGCGUGUUGGAGUAAACAAACUCAGCUGAAAGACCCUCCCCCACUGGAGGCUGCAGUAUGGGACCCCCCCCUUGAUGAGGUGACUUCGUCUCCAGCCGAGCUGACGUCCCACACUGAUGAGCCUUCAGAGCUGCUGCUUAGCUUGAUUCUGCCCACCUGUCUUAAAGACCUGAGGGUGAAGGUCACCCAUGUGACUUCGCCUGGCCAUAUCUAUGUACAGCUGCUGCAGUUUGAUGCCCACCUGAAGAGGGUUCAUGACUUGCUGAAGAGAGAGUUUUCAAAGUCAGAUCUGCAGGAGGUUGACUGGAAGGUGGACAUGCCCUGUGCUGCCAAUGUGAAUGGAGUUUGGGAGAGAGGAAAGGUGUGCACGGUGUCCUCCAGCAACAUUUCUGAGGUGCUGCGUUGUGACUUUGGUAAUACUGUAAAGCUCCACACCAGUAACUUGAGGCCUCUCCUCCCUGAGCUUGUUGGCUCCUUGCUACUGGAGUGUUGCCUCAGUGACAUAAGACCAGCAGGUGGUCGCUCCACGUGGACGGCUACAGCCUGUGACUUCAUCUCCUACUACCUCACUGGAGCCACGGCCGUAAUGACCAUUAAGGAUCCCUGUGCCAGGCCAGCACUAGUGUCGCUGUUCUGCUCCAACCGAUCAGGUCAAGAUGUCAGCAUCGCAGACUUCCUAAUCAGUGAAGGACUUGCCUUAAGAGAGAGAAGUGUCAGAGUUCCUCCUGCACUCAAACCAGCCUCCGCUGAAUGUGAGGAAUCCAACCCUGAGUCAGGCGUGACUCUGCUGGUGCAGGACGAGUGUGUGCCAGCCCUGGAAGAGAGUGUGUGUGAGGAAGGGGGUGUGACGAAUGAAACACCGACUCCCUCAUACUCCUGUCCUCCCAGACCUGCCCCCCGCACUGCACCACCUCCGGAGAGAGUGAAAACACAGGCCUAUCUGCCCCCAGAGUUGCCACCCUGCGGACACACACUCAUGAGCAUCUCUGCGGUCUCUGAUGACGGAGUCAUCUAUGCCAUGACCCCGCAGUCAGAGUGCGAGUUUGAGCGUUUGAUGGAGUGCCUGCAGCAACACAUUAAGACGCUGCCCCAACAGAAGCGCUACAACUGGAAGAGUGUGCUGGGCUGUGCCGUCAUGGGCUCGGACAUGCUCUGGUACCGAGGGCAGGUGCUGGAGGUCAUCAGAGGCCACGUGAAGGUGCGGUAUGUGGAUCAGGGCAUAGUGGAGAACAUUCCAGUGUGCCAUGUGUAUCCAGUGGUGCUUUGUGAGGAUGUUCCUCAGCUGUGUGUGCCUUGUCAGAUAAAUGGAGUUGUUCCGAUAGGAGGUGCGUGGCAGUGGGAUGCAGUGGCGCUCAUGAAAGAUCUUCUGCUUGGCCGCUCAGUCAGUGUUCAAGUCAUAGAACUACCAGAAAAUCUGCGAGGCAUGGUUACCGUGGAGAUAAUGCUGGAUGGAAUGGCACUGAGCAGAAUCAUGGUGCACCAUCAGCAUGCUACCAUAGACCCACCCAUCAGCAGCCUUGAGGACUACGUGGUGAAGCCUCCAGCACCUGAUUUGGACAACUGGGACUUGAACACAGAGGGCUUGGAGGAACCCCAGACCGUUUUAGGUGUGUACACCAACCCCAGACUUCAGGAUAAAGGGAAACACUUCCGAGUCACGAUCAAGCACAUCCGUACCCCUAAUGAGGUGUUCCUGAGUUUGUUGGAUUUAACGGCGUCUGAGCAGGAACCUUUAGUGGAAGCCUUACAACAAGUGAACAGGGACAUAGGCUCGUUGACCCAGUUGACAGACUUCCCCAUUGAGGGUCCGUGUCUGGCUGAAUACAGUGAUGGUAAAUAUUACCGCGCCAAGCUGCUGGGCUUUGCCGAGCUCAACCCCUGCGUCAAGAUUCUUGUGAGGCAUGUGGACUUUGGCUCAGACGACAUCCUGCCACCAUGCAAAUUGUCUUGCCUCCCGCCAGCACUCCUCCGAUUCCCGUGCGAGGCAGUGUGUGUUCGGCUGGCGGGCUUCAAGCCACCUCGUGUGUGUGUUGAGCUGGAGCGCAUUUCCUACCGGCCAGAGUGGAGCAUGAAGUCCAUGUUAGAGAUGAUUGACUUGCUACAUGGCGACCUCAGUGCAGUGGUAACGGCUGUAGAGCCACAGCUGACGGUGGUCCUGUACAACAUGGAUGGAACUUUGGUUCAUAUGCCCCUAGUGGAGAAAGGUCUAGCUGACUAUGAGUGAUGAAACGGAUUAAGGUUGUACCAGUGUUCCAUUCCUUACGUGCAUUGGUUGGAUUAGAAGCAAUCAAGCCUCUGUUGGACAGUAGUUUUAGGUUUGUUCUGUAUUGCUACAGCUUUUAUGUUGAUUUUUCUUUAAGUUGUAGGUUUUCUGACUCAUUGGAGCUGUACUUUGUGUUACUGUUCUACCCAAUGGCAAUGUUCAUUCAGCUUGUCUGUGACUAAGUAAAUUCUUGCUAAUA